GUCCCCUCCCCGCGCUCCGGUCUACGUGGAUCUCUGUCCCCCUUCUUGACUUGUACUAUACGCCCCACGCGUCUCAUCCCAUCUCACUUUAUCUGACGUGGUGCUGGUCGCCAACGCUAUGACUGCAGUUGAGCAGAACUUCUCAGGCGCGCUGGCCACAUGGAGAGACAUCAACCUCUCCGAGCUGCAAAAGACUCUCGAUGCACAGGGUAUUGAGCUCGUGGAGAAUCAAAAGGAGAGCGUCGUAGGCCGCAAGGGUCUCGCAGACCGUACUAAGGACUUCAAAAAGAUUCCUGAUGAAGAGAAGCUUAACGCCUUCAAGGGUCUGCUGAAAUCCUACCAGACCGAGAUCGACAGCCUCACGAAACGUUCCAAGACGGCUGAGAAUGCCUUCCUCAACGUAUACAAGGUCUUGGCCGAGGCACCCGACCCAUAUCCACUGUUGGAGGCGGCCGUCGACCAGACCGUCAAGGUUGCCGAGGCGCGCGAGCUUGAGACCGACUUGCAGCGAAUGCGCGACGAGAACGUCGAGCUGCGCAAGCGUCUGAACGAGGCGGCGUCGUUGGAAGCGGCGAAACGUAAGGCAGAUAUGCGCGUUGAGCAGCUUGAGCAGAAGAUGGAGGAGAUGAUCCAGGACAAGGUCACGCAGAAAGAGAACGAGCUGAACGCGACCUACGACGAGAAGAUGCGCAACUACGAGGAACGGGAACAGGACCUUCAACGACAACUCGCCUUGACGAAGAGCCAGCUCAGGGACCUCCGCACAUCAAACGAGUCCAACCAAGCGAAGUUGUUCGACCACACUCAGCGCCAAGACCAGGAAGUUGUUGCGAAGCUCGCGGAACUCGAUAUGGUCGUCGCGGACCUCGAACAGGCCAACAGCCGUGUCGCUACUGUCGAGAGACGAAACGAACUCUUGCGUGCGGAGAUCGAGGCUAUCAAGAGUGGUAGCGAACAUGCGGACAGGAUCAAGGAGUUCGAGGCGAAGGUCACUGAACUGGAAUCGGAAACUGAUCAGCUGUCUCGCGCGCUGGACGCGCAGAAGCUCGCUACAGCAGAUGCGAAGGCGACAGUGACCAAGAAAGCUGAGGAGAGUGCUCGAGAGUUACAGAAGAAGUCUGCUGAGAUCGACCAGCUCAGGGCCAAACUCAAGCAGUACAAUGACUACGACGAGGUCAAGCGAGAGCUCGAGAUCAUGAAGUACGUUGAGUUUGGUGGGCUUGAGGAAGACGAAGACAGUGACGGUAUCCCGAUCAACGGUCACGGCGAUGCUCUCGGCCUCCGUCUUCCGAACCCCAACGCCGAGAAGGCGAACGCCCAAACUGGAAAGUCGCUCGAAGUCCUGCUUGUGACCAAGAACAAGCGGAUCCAGGAAGAGCUGACCAAGUUCAGAAUCCUCCAUGGCGAGUUGGAGGCAUCCUUGAUGGCGGCGCAGGCCCAGUUCGCUGCUACCGAGUCUGAGCUCGAGAAGCAACGGAUGUUGAACGAGAGGCUCGAGAAUGACUUGCUGCAGAUGGACCAGCGCAAACCAAACGGCGAUGCAGGCUCCGAUAGUCCACGGAUCGGGUCGAUGGAUGGGCUCGCAGGGAUUGAGCUAGGGAAGAAGACGGUGAGUGAUUCACCAGCGAGAACGACGCCAAUACCAUUUGGAUCGUCUGCGGACACGUCUAUCUUGCCGAUUGUGACGAGCCAGCGCGACCGCUUCCGACAGCGGAAUGCCGAGUUGGAGGAGGAGUUGCGCAAGCAGUUCAACAUCAUCUCAGAGCUUCGUAAUGAGGUCAAAAGUCUUCAAGCCGAUAAUCUCAAGCUGUACGAGAAGGUCCGCUACAUGCAGAGUUACAGAGAAGAUGCGGCUGUGCGCCCAUCCACACUCGACCCCAUCCCUGCAAGCGCCAACGGCCGAGGAGAUGGUAUGAGCAAGUACCGCGCUAGAUAUGAGGAGGCUAUGAAUCCCUUCCAAGCAUUCCGUGGAAGAGAAGCCACCCGCGCGUAUGAAUCACUGAACCCUCUGGAAAGAGGGGUGCUCGUACUCACUCGGGCUAUUCUCGGCAACCGUCGAACAAGGACAGUAUUCAUCUGCUACGCUAUCGUGCUACAUCUACUGGUGAUGUUCACAACGUUUGAGUGCGCCACAUCGUCAGGGCCACAGCUGCAGAAGCAGCCCCCUCCGUUU